UGAUGCCUAGGAUUGCUUCCUUCUUCAGCCAGAGCAGUGUCCCCACAUCUGUCCCGAUACGGCUGUCAGUGUAAGAGGGAGGCGAAGUGUGCCUUCCCCUGCUCCCUCAGCCUUCUCAAUGAGUGCCAGGAUCUCCAAGCAGCUCACGCUAUCCAUGCCACCGUGCUUGAUGAACAGGACCUCUGCCACCAACGCCACCAGCUGUGUGACCGAAGUGGAGCCUUUGUUCCAGUCCUUCUCCUCCACUCUGGUCCUGAUCGCCCUGACCACUGUGAUCUUCUGCCUGGUGGUCCUGUCCCUCAGCACCUUCCAUUUGCACAAGAGCAAGAUGAAAAAACGUAAAAUCGAGAAAGCCCAGGAGGAAUAUGAGAGGGAUCACUGCAGCCCAAAGGAAGAAAGAGGGCAUUUGUAUGAAAGGGGUAACAGACAGCCAAGUAAGGCACAAGACCCUGGUGGCCGAGACUCCCCUGACAUCCAGAGGAGAGACCAGAGCCCCCUCAAUCCCUACACCAGGAUGACCGACCAGCCUCAAAGGGAAGCUUCAAUUUUAGACAAUGCCAAGGAGGACCUGCUGCAAUCCGUGGUCUUGUCAUGAUCUUGAUGGCACUAAGAAGAAGGCACUGUGCUGUACAUAUUUGGUGACACCGUCCCGGAAAAUGAAAUCAUUAAUUAUAAUAUCAAUACAAGCGCAUGAUUCCAAAUCCAUAUUGCGUUACUACUAUACAAUAUGACAA